AUGGGGCCUUACUCGACAAAGCUGGAGCAGUUGGCACUGCUGGAGAUGGGCAAGGCUAGCGACUCCACCUUCGCGCGAGAGGAAUUCCAGAGGUUCUUCGAGAUUUACCUGCGGCUCUACGCUGAGGCUGCAGCUGCGAUGGAUUCAGGCGAGAAGGCCAACGGCAACGCUGGCAUCCUAGUCUUUGAGCAGAGCUAA